CACGGCGUCACCAAAUCUCGCGAUGUUUGGGCCCCCACCCCACACGCUGGAGGAAAAGGGAAGAAACUGGAGCGGCCGGGAGAGCCACUGGACCUGGCUCAGCUGGAGCCACAGGAGCAACCACUGAAGCUCGUGGCGCUACGAGUUUCCCCGGGAGACGACAAGAGGAGCCAAGCCGCUUGAUCCAUUCAAGUGAGAGACAUUGGAGACACUGGAUCCGUCAAAGCUGUAGCCGCCAGAUCUACUUGGAACCGAUAGAACUGGAGCCGCUGGAUCGAGCGAAGCCAGCAACGCUCUCGUAUAAAUCGGAGCCACGCGAACCAUCGGAGCUGGAGCCGCCCAAGUCACUCGAUCCAGCCAAGCAGCUGGAGGAGCCACGUGGGCCACCGGAACCUCCGCUGGUGGUGGGGCUGGAGACGCAGCGUCUACGGGAGCCACCAAAUCCAUCUGGCACACCUGACCCACCAGACCCAUCGGAGCCGCCCGAGUCCCCGGAUCCACCAAAACCGCUUGAGCCACGGGAACACCGAGCGGAGAUGUCGACGCAGGACGGGUUGUACGUGACGGACGCCACCGAGAUGCCGGCCGAGAUCGUGGAGCUGCACGAGAUCGAGGUGGAGACCAUCCCCGUGGAGGCCCUGGAGGGCAUGGAGGUCGAGGUUCAGCAGCUGCAGCAGCACGAGCAGCAGGAGCAGCUAGAGCAGCUGCAGCACGGAGGCGGCGGAGGCGUCAUCUCCCUGCAGCCGCUCAGCAGCAGCGGCGACGACGUCGACGAGUUUGAUGAUGACGAUCAGCAGCAGCAGCAACACCGCUACCACCACCACAUCAUGGCCCAUCACCUCCACCACGAGGUGAUCCUGGUGCAGACCCACGAGGAAGUUGUGGGUGAAGAGCAGCUCGAAGUUUCAGCCUUCGAUGACCACAUUCUGGUGCCGGUGCCACUUGCUAUGACAGAGGAUCGGGAGGCUGAGGAGGAAAGUGGUAGUGAUGAUGAUGGAGAUGAUCAUGAUGAUGGUGAUGAUGGAACUCGGUACGCGGUUAGGCAGCAGCAAGAUGACGACGACGACGAUGAUGAUGAUGAUGAAGGGGAGGUUAGGGCUGGACAACAACAGCAGCAGCAACGUCAGCAGCAGCAGCGUCUUCUGCUCGGGCGAGCGGCCUUCUCAUCGGGCCCCGUGGCAGCCAGGAAAGCCGGUGGCAGGAAGGCCGGAAAGAAGUCCCAGGUGUCCAGGCGUGGUCAGCACGGCGAGACGGGGGCCGAGAGGAGCCCCCGACGUUGGGAGCAGAAGCAGGUGCAGAUCAAGACCCUGGAGGGCGAGUUUUCCGUCACCAUGUGGGCAUCAGCCGAUGGUAAAAAGUCUGACGUGGAGCCAGAAGACAUUGUGGAAGAAAUCAUCUCGGCCGGGUCACCAUUGCCCGACUACUCUGAGUACAUGACAGGGAAAAAGCUACCUCCUGGUGGCAUUCCUGGCAUCGACCUCUCAGACCCCAAGCAGCUGGCAGAGUUUGCCAGGAUGAAGCCGCGGAAGCCAAAAGAAGAUGACUUGCCCAGAACCAUUGCAUGUCCGCACAAGGGGUGCAACAAAAUGUUCAGAGACAACUCGGCCAUGCGAAAGCACCUACAUACGCACGGGCCUCGUGUGCACGUCUGUGCUGAGUGUGGGAAAGCUUUUGUGGAGAGCUCCAAGCUCAAGCGUCACCAGCUGGUCCACACUGGCGAAAAACCUUUCCAGUGCACAUUCGAAGGCUGUGGAAAACGCUUUUCUUUGGACUUCAACCUUCGGACGCACGUUCGAAUUCAUACGGGCGACCGACCCUACGUUUGUCCUUUUGAUGGUUGCAGCAAGAAGUUUGCACAGUCUACCAACCUCAAGUCCCAUAUCCUAACACAUGCCAAGGCCAAGCACAACCAAUGAACAGCGCAAAUGGCCAUUUCGCACAAAAUCAUUUUGCCAUAUUCUUCAGGGCAUUGCCUAACCUUGUGUGCCCCUUUUUUGCCUGAGCUGCAGCCAACCAAUAGCCCUAGCAAAAGGACAUGAACAUAUUAAUAAUUAUUGACUGAAUUGUGUAUUUACAAUAUACUGCCCUAGAAUAUAAUAACUUAUAGUUUACAACCCUUUGCCACACCGUGUGGAUAUUGGGGAUCGACCGUACAGUUGGUAAAGGAGUGGUGGCUCAGGACCGUGACAGAUAUCACUCGCUGCUGAUGCACGUUGAACUUCUUUCGCAUCAUACGUAGCCAACCGUGCUAAUCGGAGGUGCAAAAUAUAUGUCAGCAGUGGCCGGGAAUCAAACUCAAUUCGCCGGGUUCUUAGCGCAAUGCACAAACCAAUUCGCCACCACUCCACCCCAAACCUAUAAUUAAGAUUUUAAAAUAUUUGGCCUGUAACCCAACAACAUACUAUAUUUUGAAUGUGUGAUGUUUGUGAGAGGGCUUGUUUACUUGUGCUCUAUAUUGUACAGUAGAGGCCUGCAACUCUCAGACUACAAGAUUUGUGAUAGAUUUUGAUUUAAAGCUUUCGUGACUGCAGGGAUUCAUAUUCUUGGUUCUUUCGGUAAAGUCACGUAGAAGG